AUGUUGCAACAUUCAUUGCGAGACACUGCGCGAUCGCUGGCGGGCGGUCGUCGCAGUGCCGCCGAUACGGGUCUCGACAUUGUUAGUAUGGAACCCGCCCUAUUCAUCCCACCCUGCGCGAACAAACCGGCGGUUUUCCGAGGAAGCUGUAUCGUGAACGUGCAUGAGAAAUUGCCCGUGAAGAGGUUGACGGUGAACCUCCGUGGUACCUCCAAUGUGAAAUGGUCCUACGGUAUGUACACACGUGAUGCGACGCCUGGGAGUAUACCUGGCUGA